CCUUGACAUAGAUUAUUUAUAAAAGGAUUAACGCAUGCGUGAAAGAAGUUUUCAACAGUUGAGCCCUGGAAUAAGAAAAUUAGACAGUAUAUUAAGAUUUCCAAACAUGUAAUGGCCGGUGAAGACUUGAAAAAGGAUCUGUAUAAAAAUUGGGUCCGUGGUGCAAAGGGUUUAGAGUACUUACAGGAAGGACUUCAAGACUUCGUUGGAGAUAAAGUGCAGCAUUGUCGUAACCAAUCUUUACAAAAAAUAACAAAUGGCUUGCCGACAGGAUCAGCGCAUCAAUGUAAUCAGUGUACGUCUCAAAAUCUGUUGCCAGAACACGCGAAAAAGAAGACCGCCUGUAACAGAAGCACGUGCAUAGAAAGAAACCCAAACAACUGCUUUGGUAGUAAACCACAUGGUCGUAGAAAAUGCCCGAACGGAAUAUGCAGUAAAUUAUAUGAUGAAAUCAUACUUGACCAUUCCUCGAUAGAUCCGCUGUGGAAGAACACAGAUCCAAGUACUUGGUGUUCAGAUCCGCUCGGAUGGAGCUUCGGAAAAUGUUUUCAAACAACAACAAGCCCGGGUACAUCAGCUAGCACAACAGAUGCUGCCGGACUCCUUAGCAUUCUUAUCAAUAACAUAUCAAUACAGAACAACUGGCUAGCGUGCAAUGACAUGUCUUCAAAAAGAACGUGCCCUUUUAGCAGGGCGAGAGACAUACGUAAUGCAAUUAUGCAUAGUUCAAAACUCGAACUUGAUGAACCAGUUUUAGGCUAUUAUUUAGAUACAUUCAUAACAGUCCUUCAAGAUGCAAGAUGUCUACUCAGCUGCGAUGAAUCGCAACAAGCUGUUAAUAAACUAUUACAG